UAGAGGACAAUUACCUUUCAAACGAGCUUGAUUUCGAAGAGAGGGAAAAAUAUAACGGAGAAGAAGAGCAAGAAGAAGAUGAACCAUAACCAACAAGCGACAGGGAGCAGGCACGACGAUGACGCAGCGCUAUCCGAGUUCUUAGCUUCUCUAAUGGAGUAUACUCCCACUAUUCCCGAUGAGUUGGUGGAGCAUUACUUAGGAAAGAGUGGAUUUCAGUGUCCCGACGUUCGAUUGAUCAGGCUUGUCGCUGUUGCCACACAGAAGUUCGUUGCGGAUGUUGCAAGUGAUGCUCUCCAGCAUUGUAAGGCAAGACAGGCAGCAGUAGUGAAAGACAAAAGGGAUAAACAACAAAAGGAUAAGCGCUUAAUAUUGACUAUGGAUGAUCUUUCAAAGGCACUUCGUGAGUAUGGCGUCAAUGUGAAACAUCAAGAAUACUUUGCUGAUAGCCCUUCAACGGGAGUGGAUUCUACUUCCAGAGAGGAAUGAGUUGGAGUAACGGUUAAAAUGUCUCAUCGUUGUUUAUGUCGUGAAUAUACUGAAUUACUGAUGGAUAGCGUUCAGGGUUGGAGUAUUUCUGGCUGACUCUGCAGCUAAAUUUAGUCCCUGCCAUGCAGUCAUCAUGAGUCAUGUUGUACAUUAUGGCAUUGCUUUGAAAAUCAAAAUUAAGUAGCUGUGUUUUCCUACUUUACAUAGCAAGGCCUCAACCUUUUUGAACUGUCAAAGCGGUAGAUAUGUUCGGCAUUUUCUACUUGUCUAUUGAAUGAAACUGUGCAUAAUGAAAAUCGUAACAUCAUUCUUGUUCGUACAAGGUUGUGUAUUGAUGGCUGAUCCACAUCUGUCAGUGACCAGAACGCAUUUUCUGUAGAUUUCAACUUCAGUUUAUUUUCAUUUGUUUCUGACUACGACUUUUCUGUUGAUUCUGAAUGGCAUAUACAAUUCACUUGCCAGGUUUAUGACAAAA